CGAUACCAAAACCUCUCACAUUUUGGUACUAAAUUGACCUUGACGAGCAUUUUCUGUGGUUUUAUUAGAAAGCUCGACGUCUGUUUUGGUAGUCUCCUUUUUUUCGCGAGAAUUUGCGGCCUUUUAAAGGAUUUGUUGGAUUUCGCCUGAGUAACUGAAUUUCUAACUACUCCAGGAUUUGCGAAAAUUAAGAAAGGAUCCGCUUUAUAUAUCGGUUUUUCGUACCAGCUGGUAUUUUACUCUGUUUAGUUUCUUGAGAGGCUUUCACUGCGGUUGGUUUUUCGCUUGUUUCUCUUUAACGACAAGUGUCUAAUCAAUAUUUUUGGUAUCAUAAAAAAUGGGUGCUCCACCUCCUCCACCUCCUCCGGCGCCGGCUCCUGCAGCAGCAGCACCUCCACCGCCUAUAAACAAUGACCGUUCGGCUCUGCUUAGUUCAAUUCGUCAAGGUACAAAGUUAAAAAAGGCUGUCACGAAUGACCGGUCAGCCCCUACCGUAGGCGGCGGUUCCACAAGCAGCUCUGGGGGUGCUGCACCACGACUUGCUUCAGCACCAAAGGUCCCAAGUAUUCCUAGCAAUGGUGCCAGUGCACCUCCUGUUCCUACAGCCGGCGGACCACCUGGUCUCGGGGGUUUGUUUGCUGGGGGCAUGCCCAAGUUACGACACGUUGGCGGCAAUUCUGCUGCACCGAAACCGGCGAAAGCCUCGGAAACACAUGCACAUGCACCUGCACCUGCAAAGGCUUCUCCAAUGCCACCGAGGUUGCCGCACUUCCGGCCUUCUGUUCCAUCUCCAUCUGCCCCAGCACCCCCGAUUCCUUCUUACUCUGCACCUCGGGUGCCUUCGCGAGAGUUCUCCUCUUCUUCAAUGUCAGCUCCGUCUGCUCCCCCUCCUCCUCCUCCUCCAAUGCCUAGUUCUUCUGUCCCCCCAGCUCCUCCGACUGCUCCGGCGCAUCCAGCUCAUCCAGCUCCCCCGCCUGUUUCUGCACCUCCUUUGCCUCCAUCGGUGCCGAGUCCUCCCUUGCCGAGCACUAGUUCAACGAGAGUGAAUUCUUCAGGUUCAUUCGACUUGCAGACUGCACGAGUCCUAACUUCGUCUCCGCCUCUCUCGUCUCCUCCCCCACCGCCUCCUGUACCCUCUUCUCGCACUAGCUUGCCGGCAAACUCGGCCGCUUACACACUGCAAAAACGAGCUCAAGCUGUGAAGGAAGACGGACGCUUCUCAUUCAAGCCGGAGGAGUACUUACCUCCUGCUCGUCCUUACAGAGGAGUUCCCAAGGUGUACCGUGGAGGAUCGGGUUCAACAGUGCCACUAAGACUGUCUAACUAUGAUGCGUGAGUGCGCGUUACCUCUGCGUUCAACCGUUUCCCUUUGUGGUUUCUUUCUGUUUUUGUUGAUUAAACCAAUAGACAAGUGCUUCACUUACACUGGUUUGCCUAGUGAUGAUCUUGCUCUCGGCGACAUCAUUCUCAUUUCGCCCACUGGGCAUCGAGUGAGGCAGGCAAACAUCGUGUCUUCUUACCCUUUUAUGACUUCAUUUACUCUACUUGUUGAAUGUCGCAGUAACUAAUUUCGAAAAGAAAAAAAAAUGAAACGAUAAAUUGAAUUAACAUUGAAUCAAUACAUAGCGUGAGAUGGUACAGAGAAUUAGGUGAGAUACACGGAUUGCCACGGAAGC